UAAAACUGAAAGUAACGUAAAAGAAAGAAAGAAAGAAAACUGCAGAAAAAUUAAUGCGGAGGGUUCCGUAGGUCAAUGGAAGAGUGAGUCAUAAUCCGAGUUGGCAUGAGCGUUUGGACUCGGCCGAGGUUCAGCGUAAGGAAGACGUUGGAGCUUGCAUCAGCCAAGGGCCCCACUGAGAUUCAAUGAAUCCGAAAAAACAACCUGAAUUGCGUUCUCACUGAUCCCCCUUGGAGCCCGUAAAAACCCAGAAAAAUCUCUUCAUAUCCCGCGUGAUCUUAUCCCCCACCGCUCUCUCUCCUACUUAAAAACGCUUUAGGCUAUUAUCCAACGGUUAAGAACACAAAUAUAUAUUAUUAAAUAAAAGGUUUAGAAGAAGAAGAAGAAGAAAAACAAAGGCAAACCCAAGAAUUUAACCAUUUUUUCCUCGUUUUUGUCUUAGCUGUUUGCCACCUGAUCUAAUGUAGAGCCAAAAGGAUUGGCCAAGUGUGACUGUGAGGAAUAACAGUGAGCUCGACUUUGGACACGACAUACGAGCAAUCUAGUUCUUCAUGCCAAGUAUCAGCUAAAUUUCAUCUACAGACACGUUUCACCUUCUGCCCAAUUACACCAUUCAUCAUUUCUCUCCUAUAAAUAUAUAUCAACUAUAUCCUUUUAGACCAAUGUGCCUGCCUAUAUUCUCCAACAACACCCCAAAAAAAAAAAAAAAAAAAAGAACGAGAAACAAUCACUCCUUCCCAGCUGCUGCAGACAGAGUUUUGUGUUUGUGUUGGCAUUUAUAUACCUGUAUAUAUAUAUUUAUAUAUGUACAUAUCAAUAUGUCAAAAUCAGUGAUGGAGUCAAGUUCAAGAAAGGGCUGCAUGAGAGGCAAAGGUGGUCCAGAGAAUGCUCUGUGCACCUACAAGGGAGUUCGUCAGAGGACUUGGGGAAAAUGGGUGGCUGAAAUCCGCGAGCCCAACCGUGGUGCGCGUCUCUGGCUCGGCACUUUUGAUACCUCACAUGAAGCUGCUCUGGCUUACGAUGCAGCUGCUCGUAAACUUUAUGGUCCUGAAGCUAAGCUCAAUCUGCCUCAACAACCAUCUAAUUCAUCCAACAACACUCACCUAAUUAUUCCCCAAAUGGGUAACCAAUUUCCCAAUCAUCGAACCUCUGCUCCUUCUUGUUCAUCAAAUAACGAUUCGACCGUGCCAUGUCCUGAUUCAAAGGUUGAGUCCAGAGGUAACCUGGUUGAUAGUAAUGUCAAAUUUGGAAAGGAUGAAGAUGGGAUGGAGGAGAUUUGGGAGAACAUGAGCCUGAAUUUGCCUGUGUUUGAUGAUUCAAUCUGGGCAGAAGCUGCUAUGUCAUUAGGGUUCCCAACAAUGGAAGAUCCAGGGAUUUUAGGAGGUAAUUUCGUCGAUACAACCGGGUGGGAUUCCUUGCACUCUCCUCCAUGGUGCAGUUAAGAAAACCAACCUCCCACCUACAUAUGCAUAGUUAAUUAAUCUUCAAAUAGCAAUAUUACAUGUAAAUGCUGGCUUUCUCUCUGUGUAUAUAUACAUAUUUAUAUGUCAUGUAUGUGUAUAUAAAGAAAAAAAACUGCAACCGACCUUAGUAUUAUAUAUGUAAACUGUGUAACGGUUAUGAAAGACCGGCCGAAUGGGUUUCUCGAGGUUUUGUCUGGGGCCUCUUUAUGAAUGUCGUAUGCGUGAUAAGUCACGUGCUAUAAUACCAGUAUUUUGUCUUCUGUA